AUGUCCGAAAUCCUCAAAUUGGCUAACAAAUGUCAGAGUGAUAUUCAUGCAAACAAAUCAGAAUUGAAAGAAAUUGAAACAAAACAAACUUUGGUCAAAACAUCUGAUUCUUCUGUCUUUCAGGAGAACGUGUCUGAUAAAGAGAAACAAAAGGAAAAUGAAGCCAAGGAAUUUGUUAAGAAAGCCUCCAAAAAAACAAAAUGGAUUCCGUACCAAGCUGAAGUAUCCAUUAUUUCAGAUAAAGCGUGCUUAAAUGAAGCAGAUCAUGAUAUAAAUGAGCAAAGAGAAAGAGAUCAGCAAAGAAAGAAUAGACCUUUUCAAAGAAGAAAAAGUAGAUACUUUUCUGGAAAGUCUCGGAAUAACAAUGCUUACAAAUAUCAACAUGGCAAGCAUUCAUUUAUAGAUUAUGGGCAAGAAGAGCAUCCAAGAAGUAGAGAAUAUGAUCCGAAAAAUUACGAAUAUCUGGAUGGAGAUAUUCCAGAGAAAAGACAUUUUGGGGCUAUAGGCAGCGAGAAUCAUCAAAAUCCCUUCUUGCCUCCAGAAACUAAUCAGCAAACAACAAAUGCAUACGAAAGGAAUCAUUCAUACAUCCAGCCAGUAAAUUAUCCUUAUGUUCCAACUUUAUUUCCAUAUUCUCCGUGGAUUCCGAGUUAUCAGAUGUUCCCAUCUACCAAUGGUAUUUCCCCCUCUUUACAACAAUUUCCAAAUAAAUCUGAAUUUGAAAUGCAUACUUCUGGUCAACCACCUUCAGAUGGAAGUACAAGGGUUUCCUCUACUUUAAGAACCCCUUCGAGAGAGGAUGACGGAAUCUUUCAUCAUAUGACACAGCAAAAUCAAAAUGCACAAGGAUCACCAAAAUGGAUGUACUUUAAUCCUCCAAUUGCAUCACCUCAGGGUUUUGUUGUUCCCACGCACUAUAAUCCGAACAGAAUGGUAAAUUCAUACCCCCUGGCUUUUCCUCCAAUUUAUGCUAACGGCUUAUAUCCUCCAUAUUAUGCUUCGUACUACCCAGCAUUAAAUGAAGACAACAAUUCUAAUCAAAAUGCCAACGAAGGUAUUACUCAUGUCAAAACUGAACGCCACCAACUUAUUGAAAAGCUUAAGGUACAACUUAAAUAUUAUUUUUCCACGGAUAAUCUAUGCAGAGAUGUUUAUCUCAGAAAGCACAUGGAUAAAGAAGGAUUUGUAAGCCUUCAGUUCAUAUUCAGUUUUUCGAUGGUUAAAAAUAUGGCCAAAAAUGAUUAUACGACAUUAGUUGAAGCUGCAAAAGAUAUUGAUAUUUUGGAAAUGAUGUGUGAAAAUGAUGAUGCAAAGGUAAGACUAAAGAAUGGUUGGGAAAAAUGGGUCUCGGAUUCAAAAUAG